ACAAGUCAGGCUGUGGCUACUGACCUGUGCUUGUCAAUACAUUUUCUCUCGUUAAUUUUCUGCUUGGAUACAACUGGAAUGUACCAAAACCACACCAAAGACACCAACAACAACUGCAAUAAAAGUCUUCUCUGUGAUAACAAGCAAAAGCUUGUCCAGGCUAUUAAAAGAAUCAAGCAUGAGGUAGAUGAGUGCAGAGAAGCAGAGAGAGAGACGUUCAUAGAGUCAGUGGAAGUGGAGACCAGUUUUGAUGGCCUGGAACGAGAAAUCAGAGCUGAGUUUCAGAACCUCCAUCGUUUCUUGGAUGAGGAGGAGUGUAAGGACCUGGAGCGACUGAGGAGGGAGAGACAGAAACAACUGAAGCAGCUGAAGGAGAGAGAGAAGAAAAUAGCAGAGCAAGGGAGAGGCCUGGAGAGAGCAAUCACAGUGCUCAACAGCAAACUGGCUGAGGACGACAGUCCUAAGCUGCUCAAAGAAAUUCAAGAUCUUAUAAAAAGGUCUCAGGUCAGCUUUGUUCUUCCAGCGGAGGUGGACACUGAAGUGCGCUCUGGCCAGUUUGUGGGGCCCAUCCAGUACAGGAUAUGGAAGCAUAUGAAAAGCUGCCUCUACCCAAAUAUUACAUCAUUGACCUUUGACCCUGAGACAGCCCACCCUAAUCUGUCUCUGUCUCAGUCUUGCACCUCCGUAUGGUUUGAUGAAGACAAAGACACCCAGGACAUUGAGGCCAACCCACGACGGUUCCACUACUAUUACUGUGUGUUGAGUCAUCAGCGCUUCACCUCAGGGCGACACUACUGGGAGGUGGAGGUGGGUCAUAAGACAGCAUGGAGGUUGGGUGUGGCACAAGAAGAUGUCCCGAGAGGGGAGAUGGCUGCGACAGGCACUUCCAGUGGCCUCUGGACCCUGGCCCUGAAGGGUGGAACCGUCCUGGCCUGCACCGACCCAAAACCCACCAAAGUCAAAGUGUCUGUCCACCUCGUCCGCAUCGGCGUGUUCUUAGACUGUGAUAAGGAAGAGGUGUCUUUCUAUAAUGCUGUUACCAUGGCACCAAUCUACACCUUCACCAUGGGAACGGUCUUGGCUCCUCUGUUCCCCUUCUAUAACCCAUGUGACACAGAUGAUGGAAAGAACACAGUGCCACUUAAGAUGUUUAACCCUUCACUGUAAUAAGGAACGAUUAGCACCAGUUUGAGCAAUGAUGGUCCAAUACUAAUUGUUAACAUAAACAUUUAGAGCAGAUUUAGAGAUGAAUGACGAGUUAAUUAAUCAGCUAGUCAAUCAAAAGAGAAUCAAUUGGGAACUAUUUUUAGAUCAGUUAAUCGUUUGAGUAACUUUUCAAUAAAACAAACCAUUUGAAGACAUCACCACAGAUUUUGGAAAUUUGUGUUGGACAUUUUUCACUAUUUUCUGACAUUUUAUAGACAAAAUGUUUAAUUGAUUAAUGAGAAAAAAAUUGACAGAAUUAUUGUUAAUGAAAAUAAUCACUAAUUGCAGUCCUAAUUACAUUAUGUACUUACAACUUGUUGUAUGCAUUGUAAAUAGACAAUCAACACAUUAAAUACUCUCAUGA